GGGGCUUGUCGGAAUACGGGUGCGGACGGAACAUCGCUGCUGGAGCGCUGGAGUUCUUCGAGCACCCAGCGGCUACAGUCAUGGCUGAACGCCGCGCCUUUGCCCAGAAAAUCAGCAGGACUGUAGCAGCUGAGGUCAGGAAGCAGAUUGCUGGUCAGUAUGGAGGUUCCCCUCAGCUUCUCAAAAACCUCAGUGUGGGUGGACAUGCAACUAGCAACUCUAUUCCCUUGACAGAAGCUGUAGAGCCGGUGGAUUUUGAAGAGUAUUUGAUCACACAUCCACCCAUUAUUGAGUCAGGACCUCUGAGAGAUCUGAUUGAGUUUCCUCCGGAUGACAUUGAAGUGAUUUACACUCCAAGAGAGUGCCGAACCCUUGGCCAGGCUGUACCCGAGGAGGGUGACAGUGACUCGCACGUCAGAGACUGCAUCCGAUCAUACACUGAGGACUGGGCCGUUGUUAACCGCAAGUACCACAAGUUGGGCACGGCAUUUAACCCCAAUACUUUGGAUAAGCAGAAGGAGAGGCAGAGAGGUUUACCAAAGCAGGUUUUUGAGUCUGACGAAUUGCCAGAUCACAGCAACUAUCAGGAUGAUCAGGAUGAUCUAAAGCGAAGGUCCAUGUCAAUAGAUGACACUCCACGCGGCAGCUGGGCCUGUAGUAUAUUUGACCUGAAGAACUCUCAGCCUGACGCUCUGCUGCCCCACCUUCUGGAUCGAGUACCCAACGAGGAGAUCGAUCGACACAAUGAGGACCUUCGCAAGUCAAACCGCCAUCGAGAACUCUUUGCACUGCAUCCUGCUCUGGAUGAGGAAGAGCCAAUUGAGCGCCACUGUGUGCCUGAUGUUCCUAAAGAGCAUUUUGGCCAGAGGCUUCUUGUCAAGUGUUUGUCCUUGAAGUUUGAGAUAGAAAUUGAGCCAAUAUUUGCAAGUUUGGCCUUGUAUGAUGUCAAGGAAAAGAAAAAGAUAUCAGAGAACUUUUACUUUGACUUGAACUCAGAGCAAAUAAAAGCCAUGCUGCGGCCACACAUCCCGUCAGCUGCUAUUUCUACCCUGGCCCGCUCCGCCAUAUUCUCCAUCACCUACCCCUCCCAAGAUGUCUUCCUUGUCAUCAAGCUUGAGAAGGUGCUACAGCAGGGAGAUAUUGGAGAGUGUGCAGAGCCUUACAUGGUCUUUAAAGAAUCUGAUGCUGCCAAAAAUAAGGAGAAGCUUGAGAAGUUGCGCAGUCAGUCAGAACAGUUCAGCCAGCGACUGGGGCGCUACCGGAUGCCCUUUGCCUGGACGGCCAUACACCUCAUGAAUAUAGUGAACAGUGCAGGCAGUCUGGAGAGAGACACAGAACUUGAGAUUGGGCUGUCAGAGCGCAAAGGCUCGUGGUCAGAGCGGAGAAACUCAAAUAUGGGGGGGCGCCGCUCUCUGGAGAGGACCACCAGUGGAGAUGAGUCGUGCAGUCUGACCAGUUUCAGACCUGCCACCCUGACAGUCACCAACUUCUUCAAACAGGAGGGAGAUCGGCUCAGCGAUGAAGACCUCUACAAGUUCUUAGCUGACAUGCGGCGUCCAUCCUCUGUGCUGCGUAGACUGAGGCCCAUCACAGCCCAGUUGAAGAUCGACAUCUCUCCAGCCCCUGAGAACCCUCACUAUUGCCUGACCCCCGAGCUGCUCCAAGUUAAGCCUUAUCCAGACAGCCGAGUGCGGCCAACAAAAGAGAUCCUGGAGUUCCCCGCCAGGGACGUCUAUGUGCCCAACACCACAUACAGGAACCUCCUGUAUGUGAACCCACAGAGCCUGAACUUUGCCAAUCGUCAAGGCUCUGCACGCAACAUUACAGUGAAAGUACAGUUCAUGAAUGGAGAAGAUCCCAGCAAUGCUAUGCCUGUUAUCUACGGUAAAUCCAGCUGUGCGGAAUAUUCCAAAGAGGCGUACACUGCUGUAGUCUAUCAUAAUCGUUCACCAGAUUUCCAUGAUGAAGUUAAAAUCAAGCUACCAGCCUCGCUGACCGACCACCAUCACAUCCUCUUCACUUUCUACCACGUCAGUUGUCAACAGAAACAGAACACUCCACUGGAGACGCCUGUUGGAUACACGUGGAUUCCUAUGCUGCAGAGUGGACGCUUGAGGACGGGUAAUUUCUGCCUGCCAGUGUCUCUGGAGAAACCUCCUCAGUCCUACUCUGUUCUCUCUCCUGAUGUUCCUCUUCCUGGCAUGAAAUGGGUGGAUAACCACAGAGGGGUUUUCAAUGUUGAAGUUGUGGCUGUAUCCACCAUCCACACACAGGACCAAUAUUUAGAUAAGUUCUUUGCUCUGGUGCAUGCUCUGGAUGAGCACAUGUUCCCAGUCAGGAUAGGAGACAUGCGCAUUAUGGAGAAUAAUCUUGAGGCUGAGUUGAAGUCCAGUAUUGCAGCUUUGAAUUCCUCUCAGCUAGAGCCUGUGGUGCGCUUCCUCCACCUACUGCUGGACAAACUGGUGCUGCUGAUGGUGCGGCCACCUGUUAUAGCUGGCCAGAUAGUGAAUCUUGGCCAGGCCUCUUUUGAAGUGAUGGCAUCCAUAGUGAACCGGCUACAUAAGUACUUGGACACCAGUCAGGAUAUGCACGGUCGAAACAGCCUCCUCUCCUCAUAUAUACACUAUGUCUUCCGCCUGCCCAACAUGGAUCCUAACUCUCCAUCUCCAGGUCCGGGAGGAUUGGGUGGCUCGGUGCAUUAUGCCACCAUGGCCCGUUCUGCAGUUAGACCCGCAAGCCUCAAUCUCAACCGCUCUCGUAGCCUUAGCAAUAGUAACCCAGACAUCUCUGGCACUCCAACCUCACCAGAUGAUGAAGUACGCUCCAUCAUCGGCAGUAAGGGCUUAGAUCGCUCCAACUCUUGGGUGCAUACCAUGGGGUGCAAAAGCGCCCCCUGGGGGACCAGCCCUGGCUCAACAGCAGAUGCUAAGCAGGCCAUGGAGCGCAGUGGCAAACGCAUGUCAUCGCACACUGAGAGCGCCAGUUUCUUACAAACAUUAACAGGACGCUUGCCGACCAAAAAGCUCUUUCAUGAGGAGCUUGCCCUGCAGUGGGUUGUUAGCAGUGGCAGCGUGAGGGAGGGAGCUCUACAACAGGCCUGGUUCUUCUUUGAACUCAUGGUUAAAAGCAUCAUCCAUCACUUAUACUUUACUGAACGAUUGGAGUCUCCCAGGAAAAACCGCUUCCCCGAGCGCUUCAUGGAUGACAUCACCGCUCUGGUUAGCACCAUUGCAGGUGACAUUGUCUCACGUUUCCAGAAGGAUCUUGAAUUGGUGGAAAGGCUCAACACAAGCUUAGCCUUUUUUCUCAAUGACCUCCUGUCAGUCAUGGAUAGAGGCUUUGUCUUCACUCUUAUCAAAACUUAUUGGAAACAGGUGUCUACCAAGCUCUAUGCACUACAGAACCCCACUCUAGAGUCUCUGAGGCUGGACUUUCUGAGGAUCAUCUGCAGCCAUGAACACUAUGUCACUCUAAACCUGCCCUUUAGUCUACUUACACCCCCAGCCUCCCCAUCUCCUUCUGUCUCCUCUGCCACAUCUCAGAGUUCUAGUUUCUCUACCCAUGUGCAGGACCAAAAGAUAGCCAACAUGUUUGAGCUGUCUGUGCCCUUCAGAGAGCAGCAUUACCUCGCUGGUCUCGUUCUGACAGAGCUGGCUGUCAUUCUGGACCCUGAGGCUGAUGGGAUGUUUGGUCUCCAUAAGAAGGUCAUCAGCGUGGUCCAUAAUCUGCUCUCCAGUCAUGACUCUGAUCCGCGCUAUGCUGACCCUGAGGUCAAAGCCAGGGUUGCCCUGCUCUACCUGCCACUCAUAGGCAUUGUCAUGGAAACCCUUCCCCAACUCCAUGAUUUCACUGAAUCGCAUAAUCAGUGGGGUCGACCUGGUAGUGAGGAGCAGGAAGCUGAGGGCAACAGUAUGAUCAGCCAGACUGUUGCUAUGGCGAUAGCAGGGACCUCUGUUCCACAGAUGUCACGGCCUAGUAGUUUUAUGCUCAAUCCACAGGCCACUCGUCAGCAUGGUUCGUUCUCGGCUGAGUCCAGUCGCAGUCUGCUUAUCUGUCUGCUGUGGGUGCUGAAGAAUGCGGAUGAGAUGGUGCUUCAGAAGUGGUUCACAGACCUGUCUGUCUCCCAGCUCAACCGUCUGCUGGACCUGCUCUACCUCUGUGUCUCCUGCUUUGAAUACAAGGGGAAGAAGGCAUUUGAACGAAUGAACAGUCUAACCUUUAAGAAAUCUAAAGACAUGAAGGCAAAGCUGGAAGAAGCUAUCCUGGGCAGUAUUGGAGCCAGACAGGAGAUGGUGCGACGGAGCAGGGGACAGCUUGAGAGAAGUCCAUCAGGCAGUGCUUUUGGCAGUCAGGAGAAUCUGCGCUGGAGGAAGGACAUGACCCAUUGGCGUCAGACCAGCGAAAAGAUGGACAAGGGCCAGAAAUCAGUCAGGUUUAAGGGAACCCUACUGCGCAUUGGAAGGAGUCAGGACCCCUUCUUAGAUAGGACCAGGGCUGAGCUCGAGCAUGAAGCAAUAAUUGAUGGUAAUCUGGCAACUGAAGCUAAUCUCAUCAUAUUGGAUACGCUAGAAAUAAUAGUUCAGACAGUUUCAGUGACGGAGUCCAAAGAAAGCAUUCUGGGAGGCGUUCUAAAGGUCCUGCUACACAGUAUGGCAUGUAACCAAAGUGCCCUUUAUUUGCAACAUUGCUUUGCUACACAGAGAGCUCUUGUGUCCAAGUUUCCAGAGCUUCUGUUUGAAGAAGAGACAGAGCAGUGUGCUGACCUGUGCCUACGUCUCCUGAGAAACUGUAGCAGUAGCAUAAGCAGCAUCAGAGCCCACGCCAGCGCCUCUCUCUACCUCCUUAUGAGACAGAACUUUGAGAUUGGAAAUAACUUUGCUCGAGUGAAAAUGCAGGUGACUAUGUCACUUUCAUCCCUGGUGGGUACAUCCCAGAACUUCAAUGAGGAGUUUCUGCGCCGCUCGCUCAAGACUAUCCUUACUUAUGCAGAAGAAGACCUGGAGCUCAGAGAAACCACCUUUCCUGACCAGGUUCAAGACCUGGUGUUUAACCUGCACAUGAUUCUGUCAGACACAGUGAAAAUGAAGGAACAUCAAGAAGAUCCAGAAAUGCUGAUUGAUCUGAUGUACAGGAUUGCUAAGGGCUAUCAAACAUCCCCUGACCUACGUCUGACCUGGCUGCAGAAUAUGGCUGGGAAGCAUUCAGAGAGGAAUAACCAUGCAGAGGCAGCCCAGUGCUUAGUACACAGCGCCGCUCUAGUGGCUGAGUACCUCAGCAUGCUGGAGGACCGCAAGUACCUGCCUGUGGGCUGUGUCACAUUUCAGAAUAUUUCCUCAAAUGUGCUGGAGGAAUCAGCAGUAUCAGAUGACGUGGUGUCCCCAGACGAGGAGGGGAUCUGCUCGGGGAAGUACUUCACUGAAGCUGGCUUGGUUGGGUUGCUGGAACAGGCUGCAGCCUCCUUUUCUAUGGCUGGUAUGUAUGAAGCAGUGAACGAGGUGUACAAAGUACUCAUCCCUAUUCAUGAGGCCAACAGGGAUGCCAAGAAGCUGGCCACUAUUCAUGGUAAACUUCAGGAAGCCUUUGGCAAAAUUGUGCACCAGAGCACAGGCUGGGAGCGAAUGUUUGGCACCUAUUUCAGAGUUGGAUUUUAUGGUUCUAAGUUUGGUGACUUGGAUGAGCAGGAGUAUGUGUACAAAGAGCCAGCUAUCACCAAACUGGCAGAAAUCUCACAUCGGCUUGAGAGUUUCUAUGGUGAAAGAUUUGGUGAGGAUCAAGUGGAAGUCAUUAAAGAUUCAAAUCCAGUCGACAAGUGUAAAUUGGACCCAAAUAAGGCCUUUAUUCAGAUUACAUAUGUUGAACCAUACUUUGACACAUAUGAAAUGAAGGACCGCAUCACAUAUUUUGAUAAGAACUACAACCUGCGGCGCUUUGUCUACUGCACGCCGUUCACACUCGAUGGAAGAGCUCACGGUGACCUGCACGAACAGUUUAAACGAAAGACCAUCCUCACUACCUCCCAUGCCUUCCCCUACAUCAAGACCCGCAUCAACAUCAUCCACAAAGAGGAGAUCAUCUCCACACCCAUUGAAGUAGCCAUUGAGGAUAUGCAGAAGAAGACUCAGGAGUUGGCCUUUGCCACUCACCAGGACCCAUCUGAUGCCAAAAUGCUGCAAAUGGUUUUGCAGGGUUCUGUUGGCACUACUGUUAACCAGGGCCCUCUUGAGGUCGCACAGGUGUUUCUGUCUGAGAUCCCAAGUGAUCCUAAACUGUACCGGCACCAUAAUAAACUACGAUUGUGCUUCAAAGACUUCACCAAAAGAUGUGAAGAUGCCCUUCGCAAAAAUAAGAGUCUGAUUGGACCAGACCAGAAAGAGUAUCAGAGGGAGCUGGAGAGGAACUACCACAGGCUGAAAGAAGCUCUGCAGCCUCUAAUUAACAGGAAGAUCCCACAGCUCUACAAACCUGUUUUACAGGUCAACUCACACAGAGACUCUUUUAGCAGAAUGAGCCUUCGCAAGCUAGAAGUGUGAAGACCAAGAAUAAAACAAGGACAAAUGCAAUUUUAUUUAUUUGUAUAUAUAUAUAUAUAUAUAUAUAUAUAUAUCAAUCCUCCUCGCAGUAUCAGUGUUUCUGCCAUGAAGUAAAACAGCUAAGUGUUGAUAAGUUUGGUACAUCAUUCCAAUUUUGUAUUGGUUUACAAAAUGGCCUGUUACAUGAUCAUGAGAACUGACGGUGAGCAAAUAAUGUGUCAAAUCUGUGUGCGCUUUUUUUUUUUUUUUUUACUUCAUCCCAGUGCAUUUUUUUUUUAAGUCAUGGUACAACUUUAAAAAGUUUAUUUAAUCCAAACAGAUUUUUUUUUUUUUUAGCAUUAUGUAGUUUUUAAUGUACUUUUGUUUACUUCAAAUAUUUUACUAAAUAAAUGCUCAUUCUGGUGUGCAAUGUGGUGUAAAAGAAAUUGUGCACCCAAAAACA